UAUGCUAAGGUGGAAUAAAACUGUGGCUCCGAUUUUCUCGGAGUAGAGGUAAUCGGCGACUAGGGUUUUCAGCGAGAAAGAGAUCGCAGAUGGCGGCUGGGGGGGUCUUCGACCCCACCGGGCAUUACCCCGGAUGAAGCAAAACCACCGGACGGAUCAGCGGGUACUAGGAGGCCUCCGGAACAUUCUUCGUCCCCGGACGGAAAGAAGGCUAGAGAAGCCCAACACCCAAAAAAGAGAGUUAGGGCUAUAGAUCUAACAAGAUAUACUAAUUUCGUAGAGGAUGUUCAUAUUGAGGACAUAACGGAGGAAGAGUUAGACAGGGAAGGGGGCCAUCACCGGGAGUGGAGCAGAGAAGUUCUGGCCUUGUAGGAAACUUUUGCUUUCUGGAACCCACAACUGAUGGCAUGGGGAUCGGGGAGUCGAAAGCUCUUUAGUGAAGUGGUUAGGGAGGAGUCGUGGUAUGUAGCAGAGAGUGAUUCUGAGGAUGUGGCUGAGGAAAUAAGGGAAGCUGAUUGCGAUGAAGAGUUAUCGGACGUAGAGGACCCACUCUGUCCAACAAUCCCAUUCUCGACAGCUGAGAUGAGGGGAUAUAGAAGAGAAUGGCGAUCUGCGCUAAUAGUUAAAGUAAUGGGAAGGACUUUCCAGUACCCAAUCAUGGCUAAGCGUCUCAAUAUGCUAUGGGCAAGGAAUGUUCCUAUCCAGAUUACGAACAAAUCGAAUGGGUACUAUUUUGUUCGCUUGACGCGGAAGGAGGACUACGAACGCGCACUCACAGGGGGUCCAUGGAUGAUUGGAGACCACUACUUGACAAUGCAGAAGGGCUUCAAAUCUCAGGCGUGCAGGAUAGAUUCGACAUUGGUCUGGAUCCGUCUCCCCGAUUUACCUAUUGAGUUGUUUAACCUGGAGGCGGUACUUUGUAUAGCCAGCAGAGCGGGAACCCCUCUUCGUGUCGAUCGGGCGACUGAAAUGGGAUCUCGUGGCAUGUUUGCUAGAGCCUGCAUUGAAGUGGACCUAACCAAGACUCUGCUAGCACGUUAUAAGGUUGAAGGUGUGGAGUAUGAAAUAAAGUAUGAGGGGCUGGACAACGUUUGCUUCGAGUGUGGAAUGUAUGGUCACUCCAAGUCUCGGUGCCCAUCACUUCAUGUUGAAGGAAAAAUACCCCAACGGGAACAUGAAAAUGAUGGGAGUCAGGGUAAGAAACAUGUCGAACCCUAUGGGAGUGGAUGAUUGCCAAACGUCAAGAUCGUAAACCGUAUAAACUGCAAGUAGAGGGGUAAAGGCGGGAAUCCAAGAAGAGCAACCGGGGCUGCCAAUACCAAUCCUUCGGGUUCUCUUUUUGAUGUACUAUCCUAGGAGGGGAACAGAAACGAGGCUGGAGGAGGAAAGGAGGAGAAAAUAGGAUAUCGAACAACUAAGAUGAAUGAGCAUAGUAUGCUAAGGAAACCGGGCAAUAAGUCACCAAAUAAAGAGAUGAACCAACAGGUGUGGGUGGAGAAACAACGCUUGGAAGAAAGUAAUACAAGCAUGGACAUACCACAACAGGAGGGUAGAGACAAGAAUGUCUCAGGCACACCCUUGCCAAGGCAAAGAAAUGGCACAAAGGAAU